GGUGCCAGUAGCAACGCCGUGGACGGAAACAGCAAUACUAACUUUUUUGGCGGGUCAUGUGCACACACGCGUUUGGAAAAACAGCCCUGGUGGAGAGUAGACUUGGAAAACGUGGAGCUAGUGAAUGAAGUUUACGUCGUAAACAGAGGAGACUGUUGUGAGAACAGAUUGAAUCCUUUCGAGAUCAGAGUGGGUGAGUAAACAUUUCUGGUAAAGACAGUAAAUAUUUUGUUAGUGUGCGUGCAUUUUCCUUGUAGAUCACGAGUUAAAUACGUGCAUUGGAGUGAUAUAUUGUGUGUUUUCACAUGACGUCAUGGCGGCCAUAUUUUUUUGUCCCCAAACAAUGAAACGGCGGCCAUGUUUGUGUCCUAAACCAGUCCUGUGGGAGUUGAACUCUUUUCUUAUGUAAACGCUUUCUUUUGUUCCAAUGAAUUUGCAUAGAUGCUGGCCACGUGAGUGAAAACACAGAAUUCAUCUUAAUAGCCCACGUUCAGUAUAUUAAAAUUCUAACAUGACUCCGAGACUUUCUGGGGUUUUUUUUCUAUAUUCGGUUUGGUUUUCUUUGUGCUCAAGUCUUUUCUGGGAAUUGCGAGACAAUGAAGUCGUGGAAAAUUUGCAAUUUUUUGUCUCGCUAUUCCCAGAAAAGACUUGAGCACAAAGAAAACCAAAACGAAUAUAGAAAAAAAAUGACCAGUAAACCUCGGGGUCAUGUUAGAAUUUUAAUAUAUUGAACGUGGGCAAUUAGUAUUUUCUACAAACUGUAUUUUGCAUUAAAAAAGUGAUUUUUAGAUUUUAAUGCAUGUAUAUGUAUUCUAAUUCUUAAAUAGCCCUUAUUCACGAUACCCGCCAUCUUCGCACGCGCUUUAGGGUUGAUGGGAUAAAAGCAAUGUCACGAGGUAUUUCAGGGGGCAAACAAGUGAAAAAAUUUGCUAAUAGGAAUAAUCGCGGUCGAGUUUGUUUAUUCUGUCAAAACGGUACGACGAUUUUACUCUUGCAAAAUGUACAGUUCGAAUUUCGAAUUUCGAAGUUUUUACGCCAUCUUUGAUUGCUGUGAGGACAUCUACGGUCACUACUGCAUCCAGAAAAGAAACAAUUAUCACUUCCUGUCAUUAUUUACCAUCAUUUUUUGUUUUCUUGAAUAAACAAACUCGACCGCGAUUUCUUGAAUUGGCAACUUUAGCACUCGUUUGCCUCCUAAGAAACCACGUGACAUUGCUUUUAUACCAUCAGUCUUUAAGCUAGUGCAUACAGAUGCAACAACUCCCAACAAUGUUGGGAGUUGUUGGCCAACGAUGUUGCGUCCGUUUGCACGGGGCUAAAAGUUAUUACCGGUUUCUAACAUAUUUCGCAACAACUCCCAACAACACGCAAAAACAUGCAACAAGAUGUGCAAACGGGGGCAACAUGUAACAUCCAACAAUGUUGGGAGUUGUUGGCCAACAAUGCAAAGAUGGCGAGUAUCGUGAAAAGGGUCUAUAAGCCCAAUCUGUACAUGUAUAUUUCAGGAAUAAAUUCGAGUAACGGAGGUAUCACCAAUCCGAAGUGUGGGGAUGGCCAUAGAGUUCCUGGUGGCCAGGGUGCCUCGUUCUUCUGUCGCCCAAGUUUGUACGGGAGAUACGUCACCAUACGAAUACAUGAAAGGACAGAAGAACUAAAUUUCUGCGAAGUUGAAGUUUAUUCCGCACGGAGAGGU